AUGAACACUUAUCUGCAGCUGGUGUUAUUCAAAGUUUCGUUGAUUAUCUCCCUUUCAUGUUGCCUUCCUUGUGAGGUUUCAAUAGACAAGACAAAAGCUGACUGUUCAAAUCGUGGUUACGAUCAUAUUCCACCCCUCUCGAAUCUCACAGAAGAUUUGGAUAUAUCAGGAAAUGUUAUAACACAAUUGGACAAAACCAUGUUCUUAAAUCUAACAAAACUGAAAUUUUUAAAUUUAAAUUGGAAUAAAAUCAAACACAUCGAUAAGGACACAUUUUCUGGUCUUAAACUUCUUCGGAAUCUUUCGGUUGGACACAAUAAAAUAAACAUUUUACAAGAGCAAUUUGGCGAAAUCAGAUUUACUUUUAAUCCUAAACUCAGGGUUUUGGAUUUAUCAUUCAAUACUAAUUCACCUUUGAACGACGACGCUAUUUAUCCAGACACUGUUUUUGGAUCGUUAACAUAUCUUCAGGAACUUCGUGUGGACCUUUUACCAAAUCCUAUAUUUGGACCGGGAUUUACAAACAUGACACAGCUCAACAGACUUGUUUUCAAGGAUUGUGUAUUGAUGCACAUUGCAAAUGAUACGUUUAGAAAUUUUCGUAACCUUGAAUUGUUGACCUAUUUAGAUAUGUCGAAUUGUCAAGUUAAUAAUCGAUAUUUUGUGAAAAUUGAAACUGCAUUCUUACAAUAUUUCACAUCACUUCAGUAUCUCGAUCUUUCUUACACCUCGAUAACGUUUCCAGUUGCCAUGGAUAUUCUAUACGGUUUAACCAUAACAACAAACAGCAGUAAUCGAGUUCGAAAAAUGGAAGUGUUGAACCUGUAUAAUGUAAAUCCUUUUAUAUUGCUAUGGAUGUAUAACGUUGAUUACACUGUUAAAGUGACAACGGAGAUGACUAGAUACUACAGACAAUUGUGCGUGGAAGAUAUUAACGUAGGAAACAAUGGAAUUGUCGAAAUAGAAGUCGGCACAUUAGAAUCAUUUGACGAUUUUAGCUGCUUAAAGCGGUACUCAUUAUCGGAGAACAACUUUAUUUUCACCUUUCCCCAUUUUGCCUUAAGUGUAAUGACGUUUUAUACAAAGAGUAUUCAUCUUGAAGAGCUCGAUUAUUCGUAUGUGGCAAUAAAAUUUCCAAAAGAGAUGAAUGAUGACGUAAAAAAAUUACCAGCCCCACAGAAACAAUCGUCAUUUCGAUGUGUGAUGCCUUUUAAAUUUGGACAAAAUAUGCGUUAUUUACGUUUGUCACAUCUUGUCUUUCCGUUUUAUCUGGACUGCGACUUUGAUCUGUCUAGCUCUCCUGAGUUAUAUUUACUAGAUGUUUCUCAAACAACUCUUUUAAACACCGACUUCCGUAUCAGAGGAGGACGUAUUAAGUACAUGAACGUAUCCGGUAUGGAUUUCGCAACAUCAGGACGACUUUUGUUAGGUAGCCUGACAUGGGUUCAUCGACUGGUCAUUCAGAAUGCAAAUUUAGAUCACGCUUUCAGUAACAGAAAUUAUGUUUUCAAAGAUGUUAAAAAGAUAGAAGAGGUAGACAUGUCAUGGAACCAUUUAAACACACUAGAAGAGGAAAGUGUACAGGGCCUGGAGGGGGUCAAUAAUUUAAUUUUAUCUUGGAACUUCUUCAGUGAUUUCCCAGACGGUCUUUACAGUUUGAGAAAUCUCACGGAAAUUGAUCUUCGGCACAACAAAUUGACAUAUCUUAGGAAAAAGACGAGGACAUGGCUGGAAUUGAUGAACUCACGGCCCGAAAGAAACAUUAAAAUGCUAAUGAAUGGGAAUCCCUUUGCGUGCACGUGCGACACAUUGGACUUUGUGUUUUGGAUUUGCGACACCAGGGUAAUGCUCGAUCAUCACAACAAUUACUCCUGUAUCCUACCCAACGGUUCCGUCGUCAUGCUUCGUCAUGUCAAUGACAAUUAUCAACUCUACUUGGGAAGUUGUCAAAACGAGUCUUUUUGGCUAGUUUUUGCAAUUUCAGGAAUAAGUAUAUUACUCCUGUUUCUGGUUAGCUCGGCAUUUUCUUUUAAAUAUAGAUGGAAGAUACAAUAUUAUUUCUGGAGAAAGAUAAACAAACAAGCACCACCAGUUAAUGGUGUAAUGAAUUAUAUGUAUAAAGCAUUUAUUGUAUUUUCGGAGGAUGACUGGUGGAGUCGCAAUUCGUUUUUCCCAAAAAUUGAAGAACUUGAGGUUGAACACGGCGUGCGAUUUUGCUGGCAAGAGAGAGACUUCUCCCAAGAAAUGUACCAAUUAAGACAGCUAUCAGAAUGUCUUCCAAAUUGUGAGAAACUUGUCUUUGUGAUAACUGAGGAGUUUAUAAUGGAUAACUGGUGUGAAUUUCUAUUGAACACUUGUAUUAAGGAGCGUGUUGUGAAUCGAAACAAGUGCGACUGUCUGGUAAUGAUAUUUAAAGAUAUAGACUUCCGUCGAGUUCCGGAGUAUGUGACUGGUGCGUAUAAAUACUGUUCAACCAUCACUUAUCCAGAGGAAGAAAACGACAUAGACAAUUUCUGGGACGAACUGCGACAGAAACUUUCAUUACUGUAA